AUGGUUCUCGAACUCUGUCAUGCCACUCCCUCGGAUGUCGACCGUAUAGCAGCCAUCCAUCUAGCAGCUUUCAACGACAAUGCUCUCCUCCACGCCCAGUUCCCCACCUCCGAGAGUCUCUCCGCAUUGCAGUCUAUUCUCGCCGAAGAAACGCUCCAUGCGAUCCAGCGGACUCAGACCACAAAAGCCGUCCUGGUUGUAAAGGAUAAGGAGUUGCAAGAGAAUCAGAUCAUAAGCUUUGCAAAGUGGGAUCUGCCUACGGAUCAUGCAAAGCAGGUACUUCAUGAGGGGAUCACGUGGCCAGACGACUGUCAACAGGAAUCGCUUGACCGGUAUCAUGAGUUGGCUGAGGCGGCCAAGGAGAGGGUUGUUGGGAAGGGCAAAUGCUACCGCAUGAAUUUCGUUGGUACUGAUCCUCGGUAUCAAGGCCGUGGUGCCGGUACGAUGUUGACGAAAUGGGGGUUGUCUGCUGCCGAGAAAGACGGCCUACCAGUCUAUCUUGAAAGUACAGUAGCAGCUUCAUCCCUCUACCGACGUCUGGGGUUCGUUUCUCGAGAUGGCCUCUCUAUGGUACUGCCAGGGAACAGUCCGACUGGCGGACCCAAUAUAUACGAAGAAGUAUGCAUGAUCAAAGUUUGGCAUGACUUGGAGUACGACCACUGGGACUCGAGUCUCAAUAUUUCCAGCUUAACAGAAGACCUUGGUAUUGGCGUUCUACCUCAGACUGUUAUCCAAGCAGUCUAUGACCGUAUCGACGCGUAUAAGAAAGUGCAGCCGUCAGUCUGGCUGCAUCUUCAGCCUAUAGGCGAAGUGAUGAGGGCGGCGAAUGAGUUACAUACACGGUUCAACGACGAAAAGAACAGGCCUCCACUAUGGGGAGUCCCCUUCAGUGUGAAGGAUAGUAUAGAUGUUGCCGGGGUACUAACGACUACUGGCUGUCCGGCACUGGCCUAUAUUCCGACAGUUUCGGCUUCGGUAUAUCAACGCUGUAUCGAUGCUGGGGCUCUGUUCAUUGGGAAGACGAACAUGGAACAGCUGGCCACUGGUAUGACAGGAUGUCGAAGUCCAUACGGCACUCUACACUCGACAUUCAGCAAAUCGCAUAUCGUAGGCGGUUCGAGUAGUGGGAGCGCAGUCACAGUAAGCGAAGGGCUUGUAUCGUUCUCUCUCGGAAGUGAUACAGCCGGCUCAAUACGAGUACCAGCGCUAUUUAAUGGAAUUAUAGGAUUCAAGCCGACAAAAGGGACAGUCUCAGCGAGGGGCGUAUCUCCGGCGUCUUUACAUCAAGACUGUGUCUCCUUCCUCACGUCUACCAUUGCAGAUGCCGAGCGAGUUUGGGAUGUCUGUAAAGGAUUCGAUACGGGAGAUGUUUUCGCAAAGUUACCAUGGCAAAUCCGACCUGCCAAACAGCCAACUAGCCGGAUUCGAUUCCGCUUUGGGAUUCCUCCUACAAGUGCGCUCGAAGUUUGCAGCCCUAUGUAUCGCCAAAUGUUUACAGAAGUCGUCGAUGCAAUUCAAAGGGAAGGUGGGAAGCUAGCCGAGCUGGACUGGGCACCGUUCGACGCGGCCAACGAACUCCUUUACAACAGUACCUUCGUCCUCGAACGACUCACGAUGCUCCCAGAUGGAUGGCUGGAGAAGAACAAACAGCUUCUGCACCCCGUCACCCGCCAAGUCUUCGAGAGCAUGGUGGAACGUCAGACUACCAGCACUGCCGUUGAUGUCUUCAAAGACCUACAUAAACAGGCAGAAUACAAGCGAGCAGUAGAGAAUAUCCUCACGCUCGAAGAGAAUAUUGAAGAUGGUGUCGAUGAGAUGACGUUGAUGAUCGUCCCAACAGCACCGUUCCAUCCGACUAUUGAAGAGGUGGGCAGAGAUCCGGUAGCGAUCAAUGGACGAUUAGGCGCGUUUGCGCAUUUUGCCAAUGUGUUGGACUUGGUGGGUGUGGCGGUCCCUUGUGGGAAAUAUGAGAUUGGAGAGGUGGUUGACGGCAGAAUGGUGGAGUUGCCGUUCGGAGUCACGAUCCUGGCCGGUGCUGGGCUGGACGCGCAGGUUGUGGAGGUGGUGAGUAGAUUGGAGGAAAGACUUGGGGAGCUAUGUUGGUGA